UCCACUUGCGUGUGUUACUUGUAGAGAAUUUGCUGAAAAUGGUUUACAUUUCUAAACAAUUAUGCAAUGCUAAUACUUACUCGUCGUAUAAUCGUAUAAUAUAAUGUGUGGGUAAUACAGAAAAAAAACAUUAGUUCACUAAGUUUGAAAAUACAGCCUUGUAGGCUACACAUGUUCGGUGCAGCGAGCAAUUUUACACUUCGACAAGAAACAGCUUUGCAAUGCACCACUACUUCUAAACGAUAUAUCAAUUGCAUAAAAUGACAUUUUGUCCAACUUCUUUUUUUUUUUUUUUUUUUUUUUUUGUUGUUGUAUGAAUGCAUCUCCGAUAAUAACUUUUAUUAUUGCUUCAUCAGUCUUUCGAUGAAGAAGAGAAGCUUUCCGUAUAGUAAUGCGACUCUGUGCGUCGUGUGUACGUGUGUGCGCGCGCGCGUGUUACACUGAUGGAUACGCCAAUGGUUAGACGGACAGAUGCUUGGGCGGAUCUAACGGCAUGAACACACGGAGUGAGAUUGGGCAAAAACAUCCAAGAUCCGUGAAAGACUGCUCUUUGCUUUCAAUCUGCCCCUGUGAGCUCGGCGUACGGAGAUUCGAGAGAUUCUUGAGAUUCGGCUUUUAUUGAACACCGGGACUCCCAAAUGCCCCGUCCGCUCGAUGCGAUUCCCUUUGCGGUCAGAUGUGAGCACUGACUUGCGUGAGAGAAGACAGCACGAACUCAAAGGCGUAGACACGGACCUGAACGCAUUUUGCAGAAGAGGCAGUGUGUGACUACUCACCCUCAGCUAGUAAACAGAGAGGAAACAGUUCCCAUCUGCCCCUCUCAAAGUGAAGGGACUGCAUUUCUAAUCCAAUACGGACCACUUUUCCCUUUCUCCACUGAGAAGAGUUUCCACUUCACUCUAAUUUACGCUUACGAAAAAAAAAAAAAAAAAAAAACAAAACAAAACAAAAAAAAAAACCUGUCUCAUAACAUUGACUUUAAGUUUCUUUUCUUCUUCUUCUUCUUCUUCUUCUUCUUAUUUAUUUUUUUAUUUAUUUUUUAAAUAAGUGACAUAUCGGUGAUGAUGGGCAUAUCUGGAAAAUGUUGAUCUUACCGUCAUUAAAAGUCCAUUCUGUGAAGGAAAGCGUUUGCUAACGGAUUUUGAACGUGACAUUAGAGAGAAAGGCAUCUCGGCGCUAGAGGAAGACACGUCUGCUUCGCCCGUUGCUGUUUUUAAAUAGCCUACCUGCUACAAGCCACACAAAGAAGGGUAAAAAGUGCUAUUAGCGGCCAAGAAAGUGUUUGGCAAUAGCUCAGUGAUCCAUGCUCUCGCAGCAGCAGUCCGAGUCCAUCCCCUCCUUCUGAUGUGCGUUAUUACAAGCAGGAAUACCCAAUCAAACACCUAUAGCAUCGAUUCGCACCGCUCUCAGCGGAUUUCCAACGCGCGCGGACAAAAUAAGCAAUCGAGGCAGCGCGCGGGCGACAAGUCCGUCCAUCUCCUCUUCAAAGCUUUUUGUGUUUUUCCUCGUUUUUAUUUAUUUUAUCUUAUUUUAUUAUGGACGAGAUGGACGUUUGAAAGGCGGUGGGGACUUGGAGUCUUGUGGAUUUUCACAGAAAAGCUAACGGCGACGCAUUAAAGCGUCGGCCGUGUUGUUUUUUUUGUUUUUGUUUUUGUUUUUUUUUUCUUCUUUUCAGAUUGUAUGCUAAUACUCGGAUCGGAUUCCUCAUGGAUAACACGUUUAUUCAAACGAUUGACUUGCCUGUUGCAGCUUCCAGCGCGGAGUGAGUGAGAAUCGCACUGAGGCACGAGCCUUUUUUCUCCCCACUGUAACGGCUCGACUCUACGUCACAUCCAAAAGCCGAGCGGGGGGAAAGUGAGAGGGAAAAGAGGAGGAAAAUCCCGCUUCGUCUUCAUCAUCUUCAGAUCUCGCCGUCUGAUUAUUAUUAUUAUUAUUUUUUUUUUAUUAUUAUUAUUUUUUUUUAAACUGCCGAUACAUGUCAGGCGUGUGAAAGCGCCCCAGGUGCCGUGUAUCAAAGCAGAAGCGGAGCAGCUCUCGGGAUCUCAGGGGCUGAAGCUCCUGAACGCCCCCCUGAAAGAGAAACAUGCCGCGGAGGAAACAGCAAGCGCCCCGGCGCUCGGCAGCUCAUCUGAACACCCAGAAGUAUUGGACUGGGCUGCCGACUUCAGCUGCUGUCUGUAUCAGUGAGGCAGAUUGCAAACAAGACCAAACACCAGCAGAUGAGGGGUGUUAACCUGAUUCAAACAUAUAGUUCUACAUUUUUCUUGCACAAACAAAAGGAAGGGAGGAACAUUACUUCAUUCCAUGUGGCAAUAUAAUCAUAUAUACCAGAGGAGCUAAAGGGGGCUGCUUUACUAGAUGAGGACGCUGAGGGAGAGGAUUCAGCUGUGGAGGAGGAACCUGCCAUGAAGUAUGUGUGCCAAGAAAAGGACUUACUCCUUAAAGAUAGGCCAGGCUUCAACGACUCUCCACCUGCUGAUUUCUCAAGCCAUGAGAUGGACAGCGAGUCACACCUGAGUGAGUCCAGUGACCGCAUGUCAGACUUCGAGAGUGCAUCAGUGAAGAACGAAGAGGACAGCUCAGCCAAGGAGCCCCUCACCUCACUUUCUUCAACUUCAUCUAUGAUGAUGACAACAACGGCCAUGCCAAUCAGUGAGGAAGCGGCACCGUUAGGCCCAGACAGCUUGAAGCAGAUGAAAGCUAUCUACACUAGCUUCCUGACCAACUCCUACUGGUCAUCUCUGAACUUGAAUAUGUCUCAGCAGCCAGCAGAAAAGCCCCCACGUAGUCAUAGUAGUAGCAGCAGCAGUAGUAGCAGCAGCAGUAGCUGUGGUAGUGGAGGUUACGACUGGCACCAGACAGCUAUGGCUAAGACCUUGCAGCAUGUUUCGCAGAACCAGAAUAGAUUGCUGCACCCAGCAUCCGAGCCAAACCUCUUCAGUACUGUGCAGCUAUACAGACAGAGCACCAAACUGUAUGGAUCCAUCUUCACUGGUGCAAGCAAGUUCCGUUGCAAAGACUGCAGUGCUGCUUAUGACACUCUGGUUGAGCUCACCGUACAUAUGAAUGAGACAGGACACUAUCGAGAUGAUAACCAUGAGACAGACAGUGAAGGUGCCAAGCGCUGGUCAAAGCCUCGCAAACGUUCCCUCUUGGAGAUGGAAGGAAAAGAGGAUGCACAGAAAGUUCUUAAGUGCAUGUACUGUGGUCAUUCUUUUGAGUCACUGCAGGACCUUAGUGUUCACAUGAUCAAGACGAAACACUACCAGAAAGUGCCUCUUAAGGAACCUGUAACACCUGUGGCAGCCAAGAUUAUCUCCUCAGCUCGUAAACGAGCCCCCAUUGAGCUAGAACUCCCCAGCUCACCAGACUCCAAUGGUGGCACCCCCAAGCCCUCUUUAUCUGAUCCUAGUGACCUUCAGAAGACUCAUAAUCCCUACAUCACACCCAACCAUCGGUACGGACACCAGAAUGGUGCAAGCUAUGCAUGGCAGUUUGAGUCACGUAAAUCUCAGAUCCUGAAGUGUAUGGAGUGUGGAAGCUCACAUGACACACUGCAGGAGCUAACAGCCCAUAUGAUGGUCACAGGUCACUUCAUCAAGGUCACUAACUCUGCCAUCAAGAAAGGCAAACCCAUCGAUUCAAUGCACACAACUGCUCCUAACAUCGUACCAACUAAUGAGGACAAGGUACAGUCAGUUCCACUAGCUGCCACUGCAUUCUCCCCACCACCUCCUGCUCCUACUCCCCCUAGUAUUUCCCCAUCCAUCACACCCAUGGAGAUAAAAAAGGAGGAGAAGGAAGUAGAAUGUACCAAGGAGCCAAAUAAUAGCAAAGACAAGAAAGCAACAGAAAGUGAGACAGAGGAGAAGUUUGAAGUUUCAUCUAAAUACCCAUACUUGACAGAGGAAGAUCUUGAAGAAAGCCCAAAGGGGGGAUUUGACAUUCUGAAGUCUCUAGAGAAUACAGUAACAUCUGCCAUCAACAAAGCACAGAAUGGCACACCCAGCUGGGGAGGCUACACCAGUAUUCACGCUGCCUACCAGCUUCCAAACAUUAUGAAACUUUCUCUGCGCAACUCAGGGAAAAUUUCCCCUUUGAAAUACUUGUUUUCUGGAGAAGAGAUCAUGUCUCCUACCAAGAGCCAACCACUAAUCUCCCCACCUAGUUGCCAAACAUCCCCUUUGCCCAAAAACAACUUCCAUGCCAUGGAGGAGCUUGUCAAAAAAGUGACAGAAAAAGUGGCCAAAGUAGAGGAGAAGAUGCGGGAACCUGGAGCUAGGUCUUCCCCACUUAGACGGACCACUCCUUCUCCUUGCAGUAGUGAUGCAGGGGAAUCAGCCAGAGGGGAGUCCCCCAAGGAAAGAAGAGGAGCCAAAACCCCUGAGACCAAUGGUGGCAGAAACGCUCACAAAGACUCAAAUGGUGAUGUUCUCACAAAAGAUUUUCUGGAAAAUGGCACUGACCAUGCUGCCAAAACCCCUGUUUCCACCUUAUGCAGCAGCACUGCUAUUAUAACUGAGCAUUCUCCAGAGCAACCAUUCGUCAACCCUUUAAGUGCGCUUCAGUCUGUCAUGAAUGUUCACCUUGGCAAAGCUGCCAAACCUGCUCUGCCAUCCCUUGACCCCAUGAGCAUGCUUUUCAAGAUGAGCAACAGCCUGGCAGAGAAGGCAGCAGUAGCUGCCUCCACUCCUUCUCAGACCAAAAAAACAAAUGAGCAUCUGGACCGCUACUUCUACCACAUCAACAAUGACCAGCCUAUUGAUCUGACCAAAGGCAAAAGCGAUAAGAGCAACUCCCUCGGAUCUGCUGCCCUGUCCUCCUCCACCUCCACUCCCAACUCUAUUUCACCCUCAUCAACCAUCACUAUGACGAAGGCCUCAUCUGCAGUGGCUUCAUUCAUGUCCAACUCGCCUUUGCGUGAGAAUGCCCUUUCUGACAUCUCUGAUAUGUUACGCAACCUCACAGAGAACCACACUUCCAAGUCCUCCACACCAACAAGUCUUUCAGAGCGCUCAGAUAUAGACAGAUCGACACCUGAGGAAUCAGAGGAGAUCUCUCCUGCUCAGAAACGAAAAGGCCGGCAAUCCAACUGGAACCCUCAGCAUCUACUUAUCCUGCAGGCACAGUUUGCCUCUAGUUUGAGGCAAACAGGUGAUGGCAAGUACAUAAUGUCAGACCUCAGUCCGCAGGAGCGCAUGCAUAUUUCCCGCUUUACUGGCCUCUCAAUGACUACCAUCAGCCACUGGCUGGCCAAUGUCAAAUACCAGCUGAGGCGGACAGGUGGCACAAAAUUCCUGAAAAAUCUUGACUCUGGCCACCCUGUCUUCUUCUGCAGUGACUGUGCAUCACAAAUCCGCUCCCCCUCCACAUAUGUCAGCCAUCUUGAGUCACAUCUAGGCUUCCGGCUUAGAGACCUGGCUAAAUUAUCUGGAGAACAACUUGUUAGCCAGAUCUCACGCCACACCAAGGGGCUCUCUGAGAAACUGCUCGCAGCCCAGGUGCAUUCUUUGGCCCAUUCAAUCCCCAACCCCAGUCCUCAUUCACUCUCCCCCUCCCCUUCCCCAGAUGAGGAUGCUAAUGGUACAUCAUAUCAGUGUAAACUGUGCAACCGGACUUUUGCCAGCAAGCACGCUGUCAAGCUCCAUCUGAGUAAGACCCAUGGUAAAUCCCCUGAGGACCAUCUUAUGUAUGUUAGUGAACUUGAAAAACCUUAGCAAUGGCCAAGGAGAAAAAAACUCUAUUACGGUCCUUUUUUUGUUUGUUUUUUGUUUGUUUUUUCAAGCUUUUUGACUAACAUUUCUUAUGAAAAAAUAAAAAUAAAUAUUAAAAGAAUUGAAAGUAAAUAACGAAGAACAAACUGCACAUAUGUGCCAGAAAACUACUGUUUAGUUUUGGCACAUCUUUUGGAGUUUUCCUCAGGGGAACACUCAUUCAGCCCCAGAGACAUUCACUUUCUGCAUUUUUAGUUAAAAAUGGAAAACAUAGAAAAACAAAUGAUAAUUUUCUAACUGUGCAAUGCUUAGUGAAGAGGUGCUUUUGUCACUGGUAAAAUAUGAAGGUAAAUAAUAAAAAUAAAAAAAUGACUUAAAAUGAAGUUGUAUGUAUUUGAAAGUUGUGUAAAUUGGAUUUUUGGCAUCCUUGAGAUGCAGUAAGCUGCAUGCAUUAAUGAAAUGGUUUAGUUCAAUAUUUGAUAACUAAAUCUCGGCUUUUAUUUAUCUCUCUCUUUCCUUCUCUCUUAUUUUUCCUUUUUUUACAUGACCUUAAUAUGCUGGUGUCAGCAGAAAUAAAAAAACAUUUAACCCUCUGAGUACGCAAAUUAAAAAAUAUAAAUAAAAAGAGAGAAAUUAGAGAUUGGAAAUUGCCAAAUUCAUACAAGUUUGAGUAGGCAAGUUCUAGGUUAUUUUAACCACCCAAAAAUCACAUCAUCUGAUAGAUCACUCCUUACACUCCAAAAGCUUGCAGUGCAGGAAUAUAUGCGAAUCCAAAAUAGCAGUCUUUUAGUUUGCUCAAAUCAGGGGCCUUUAUGAAUUCAGGUCGGUGUAAAAAUGUGUACAUAAAAACAUAUAAACUUAUUUCUGUCUAAAUUAUGCAUCAUUUUAUAUUUUUUAAUUUAAGAUGAGUAUGACUAUCUACUGGUGCACAAUAUAUGAAGACAUUAAUGAAAUUGUUUUGCACAAUAGUUUUAUAAAUAUGUUAUUUAAUCAGAUGAUAUGAAAACGAGAAGAAAAAAAUCAUGAAAAGUAACACCCUAAAGUUAUAUUUCCACCUCGUGCUCAAAGGGUUAAACUUCUUGUACAAGACAGUACUUGUUCCAUCAUGUCACUUAAAUGGUUGUACUAUAAGAUGCUACUUUAUUAUGUAAGGAGGAAUUUCACAAUGUAACCUUUUAUUUAUGAACACUCUAGGUUGUUGUUUCAUAUUGUAGAAUGCCUUUUUGAUUGGUAUAUUUUAUUUUGUUGUUUGUCUAAUUAUUCCUCCAUAAAACCACACUGCAGCUUCAUCAUUUUUGGGGAUAUGAAAGGUAACCAUGGUUACCUUACCUCCAUUGACAGUUCCGUGACAUUUUGGCAGUUAAUUUACUGAAGUAACUGACAGCUGCCAGUGAAUGGAAAUCUUAUGUGUAAAAUAUUGGCAUGUUAACAGAACAGGCACUGUUAUGCAUUCUGUGCCAUGUUUCUUUUUGUUGUUGUUGACAAUGAAGCACUCAUUAUAUGACUUCAUAUAACCUUUUUUUUUUUUUUUUCUACUGCAGCAUUAAAUUGAAACUGUUUUGGGUUUUUUGCAAUAACUUGACGUGUCAUGACUCACAAGUCUGUCGGGCGCCGGGGGAUAAGAAAUGAAAAGAUUAAAGAGAGCUGCUGUCAGUUAAAUAGCAGAUGACAAGUGUAUGAAAAGGUGUUGUGUGGCAGUAGGGAUCGACCACCAGACCUGAGCAUUUUAAAAUCAGCCAGGUGUGUGUGUGUAAACAUUUAUUGUUGAUCUCUCAAGAAUUACGUUUUUAUCUCUGAUGCAGCAGAAUUUAGUGGCAUCGUGUGUUUUUGGCAGAUCUAUCACUUCCCUCCUCUCAUCUAAUACCCUGCUUGGUGACACACCGACUCACAGUGUUUCUUAAUAUGGCUUAACAAGGGAAGCAUCAGACAUUGUGAAGAGCAAUGUGCCUUUCUCUCUCUACAGCGUAAUCUUGCUAAUAAUUGCUCUGGCAUUAACUGUCACUUUUUCCGCAUUUUCACAAUUGUAAUUAGCACAGGCUCCUAUUAUGUAAUGAACUAUUUUUUUGGGCCUCAUCCAGGAUGGCAACAGUACCACAAAUAGUGUUUGACUUUUGAAUUCUGCUUUAGCAUAGCUUGCACAAAAAAAACAAACAAAAAAAAAAAUCUGUAUGAUACCAUGUGUUAAUGCCUGGCUUCAGAGGUGGACUUUUAGAGUAGGUUUAAAAGUGGGUACUUUUUACUCAAACUAUUUUUUAUUUUUUUUUACUUUUACUUCUUUACAAUGGGUGGCGUUCCUGUCAUUACAUUACUGGGUUUAAUUUUAAUUAAUGUGUAAUUAUUGAGAGAUUAUUAAAUGAGACUUUUACAAGAGCGGAAGUUCACACAGCUGCACGUGCUGAGCCGCUGUCACAGACUGUCACUUAAUCACUGCUGCAACACUUUCUUCGCUCCGCACAGUGAAAAAAAGAAUAGUUUCGUCAUGCAUUGCCUUCAUUUAACACGAAGACAUGCUGAUAUUUCAAGAUUAAAAUCACAGCUCCAAUUUAAGGCAGCACGCUGAGGUAAGUUUUGGCUCUAAUCCUAACGCGAGCUUUUCUGUGUAAUGAGAUGGUCAUUUUCAGGGUGAUAAUGUAACUGGGCUCUUAUGACACCAGUUUUUAAGUGAACAUUUUUAAAUCAGUGCAGCACUAUAUCAGUGCGCUUUGUCCCGCGUUCCACAUGUCAUGAGCAGUAUUUAUGCAUUUCCCCCGUGCCCUCGUGGGGGUUCUGGAAACUAUCGCAGCUACUUCAGGCGGAUUAACUGUAUAAAUCCAAGUUAAGUGUAAAUCACGGCCAUUCGCGUGAUCGACAACUGGAGCGCGAACAGACAGCAUUUCUGCCCAUGCACAGCGAGGUGUGCGGGGCGCGCGUGAGAUGUGCGGGCGCGAGGCAAUUGUAUGGCGAAGAGUGGCUGUGUCCGCAAUCGUUCACUCAUUCACUAUUUCCUAUAUAGUGAAUGGCAGUUAGUGCACUAUAUCUCAGCAGUAAAUUAACGAAAUGAGUGAAUUCGGACGCUGACUAUACACCAAGUAUCGGAGCUCUGGGGCUGUCGCAGAAACAACGUCACAUAAGAAAUUUAAAAAUACUUGGGCCUUGUUAUUCUUAUUAAAUAAUAUAUUAAUACAAUAAAUCUUAAUUCUUAGUCAUUCGGUCAUUUUAAUAUAUGCUGUGUGUUAAUAUAAAGAGUAAACACAUUUUAUCAAAUAAAGAGUACAUUUUAAAAUGUAUCUGUAUGUUUUGUCUCUCUAUAUGCUAUUAUGUUAUUUUAAUCAAGUAAUGAUUUGUCAAAGUAAUUUACUACAUUCAGCAUGAAAUAAAACAUUGCAGGAGUGAAGGAAGCAGUAAACUCCCAGCUCGUACAUCUUCCCCGUUGUGGUUUGUGGGCAAUUAACCGUCGUCGAGUGUACACCAAAUGUACACUCAAAAUUAGAGUGCAUUGUCGGUAAUAAUGAGUGAACAAAAGUAGGGAACGAGUGGCUCACUCAGAAUUCAGACCCUCCUACAAAAUGGCAGACACCCGAAAUAGUGCACUAUAUAGUGGAUGGGGGUGCUUUCAGACACAGCGAGUGUUCCACGACCGGGGUUGGUGCCAUACUCACUAGGCUGCGUAUAUGCAUUUAGACAGCGGUGGUACUGCUGUACAGAACUAAUGAUCUAAAUACUUACAACACUGAAAACUGUAACUACACUAAAAUAAGAAUCCACACAGGACUUUAAAAGCUAUGAAAUAGCAAAAGAAGGGAUUAAUAAAGCAUGAUCUUGCUUUGGUUUAUAUUUCAGCAUAAUAUAUAAUGUCCUUGUGGGACAUUUUCAUGUUUUCACUGUAAUAAUUACAAUAAAUGUUUCCAAACCUCUCUUAUUGACAA